UUCGGUUAACACCAGAGCUACAACAUGCCUGAAACUGCAGUCAAAGCGGCCAAGAAGGGCUCAAAGAAAGGCGCCACAAAGAACGUCAGCAAGAGCGGCAGUAAGAAGAGGAGGACCAAGAGGAGGGAGAGCUACGCCAUCUACGUGUACAAGGUGCUGAAGCAGGUCCACCCCGACACCGGCAUCUCCUCCAAGGCCAUGGGCAUCAUGAACUCGUUUGUCAGCGACAUCUUUGAGCGCAUCGCCGGUGAGGCCUCCCGUCUGGCUCACUACAACAAGCGCUCCACCAUCACUUCCAGGGAGAUCCAGACCGCCGUCCGCCUGCUGCUGCCCGGUGAGCUGGCCAAGCACGCCGUGUCUGAGGGCACCAAGGCCGUCACCAAGUACACCAGCUCCAAGUAGACACUGCUGCUGCCUCCACUACUCAACCAACGGCUCUUUUAAGAGCCACCCACUAUAUCUUUAAGAGCAAAGUUGGCUGAUUACUACUUCAAAUUAUUCAUCCACUGUUGCUUGUGCUGCCAAAGCCUUUUGUUUGCACUUCACUGUGGCUGAUGACAGAAAUCACUAAGAAGAAGAAGAAGAGUAAGCUGACACAUGUCGACUUGUGAUUUGGCAUCAAAAACUUGAAGAAAGUGCUGGUUUAAUCUUUACAGUAUCUGAGCACAAGGCAGAAAUAUAAACUUUACCUGGAUUGCAUCAUGUGCAGUAUUGAGCAACAUCAACACAACUUAACCUGGACACACGGAGUAUCAUU